UCUUCAUCCUGCGUUACAUUCUGUUCUGUACGCAUCAUACGAAAGCUCACUCGAUCACAUCAAGACUGAAAAUGGAUCUAGGAUCAAUUUGGCAGCACCUCAAGGAAGCCACCGGCGCUACCGCAUCCCCAGCUCAGUCCUUGACGGACCCCUCUACUGGGGGAAUCUUUCCUCUAACCAUCAUCAAGGAUGUUCUUCGACAUCCUUUGCAGAAACUCGGAGUUGCUGGAAAGCAAGAGAAUGUGAUCCCCCCAGCGACACCAAGCAAGAGCGACGCGCCCCGUGAGGUCCUCCUGGGAUCUCAUGCAGUGGGAGGCAUGAUCGCCAAGCUCAUCGGUGCCGUGACCAGCCCCCAUGUGGCAGUGCAGCCUAUUUUCGUUUCAUCAAACCCAGCUCCUGAUCCUACCCACCACUGGGCUAUCCUCGUUGGGGAUUAUUAUCACGAGCUAGGCGGCGAUGUUGACUUCAAGAUCCUGUACAACAAUGACAAGACGUCAGCGCAGACCUUUUUCGGUGCAUGGCAGAAGCCGAUGGUGAUUGGGAAGACUACGUUUAACGACGAAGCUAUUCGACAGGCCGCCGAAGAGGUCAUCAAGGCAAUGGUGCCGGAGUACAAUGUCUACAACAACAAUUGUCAACUUUUCUGCAUGAACCUGGCGGACGUGAUUUGUGAGGGUGGCCAUGCUACACCAACCACUAGCUGGCAGAUGAUACCUGCUUUACAGUCGGAGCCAGCGAAACGUGUACGAGAGAUAGCACUUGAGCAUACCCCGUUUAUUCCUCCGGUCCAACUAGCAUAAUGACGGCUCUUGAAUAGGAGAU